UCGCCGCUACGCAACCAUGCUCGCGCCCCGCGACGGCGAGACCCACUGCCAAGAACACCCACCAUGGGGAGGCUCCCGCGCUCACCGCGCUCCCUCCUUCCCCUCCUGCUGCUCUCUUGCUGCCUCUCGUGCCAGCCGUGGCUCCUCCGCGCCCUCCCGCUCUGCACGGACUCGAGGGCGCCCGUGCCGCUCAACGGGACGCUCGGGUUCUGCCCCUACAGCGGGACCAGCUGCUGCGACGCCGCCGCCGACGCCGCGCUCAGGAAGCAGCUCCAGGCCAUGAACGUCUCCGACGCCGCGUGCGCCGCCGUCCUCAAGUCCGUCCUCUGCGCGAAAUGCAGUCCAUUUUCGGCUGAGUUGUUCAACUCAAGCUCAAAGAUUCGGAUGGUUCCUCUUCUGUGCAACAAUACCUCUUCAGCAAGCUCUGCUCAAUCAAAAGAUUCCACACAAGACUACUGCAAACUUGUUUGGGAAACCUGCAAAGAUGUGACAGUACUCAACUCUCCUUUUCAACCUUCCUUGCAAGGAAGUGCAGAACUACCUAGUUCAUCGUCAAAGCUUACUGAUGUCUGGCAAUCCGAAAAUAACUUCUGCUCAUCAUUUGGUGGCUCGUCUGAUGACCAGGCAGUAUGCUUUAAUGGAAAUGCAGUUUCGUUUAACACUACUGAACCAUCACCCUCCCCUAAAGGGGUAUGCCUUGAGAGAAUCGGCAAUGGGUCAUACCUGAACAUGGCCCCUCACCCUGAUGGAUCCAACAGAGUUUUCUUGUCUAACCAAGCUGGAAAGAUAUGGUUGGCAACUGUCCCAGAACAAGGUUCUGGAAACACUCUACAAUUUGACGAGGCCAGCCCAUUCCUUGAUCUAACUGAUGAAGUGCAUUUAGAUUCCGAGUUUGGACUCAUGGGCAUAGCAUUCCAUCCAAAGUUUGCUACCAAUGGGCGCUUCUUUGUUUCCUAUAAUUGUGAUAGAACUCAAUCACCUAACUGUGCUGGUAGAUGCUCAUGUAAUUCUGAUGUUGACUGUGAUCCUUCAAAGCUCGGCACUGAUAAUGGUGCUCAGCCAUGCCAGUACCAAACUGUCGUGUCUGAGUAUUCUGCAAAAGGCUCCUCAUCAAAUGUUUCUGCGACAACGUCUGCUAAUCCAUCGGAGGUUAGCAGAAUAUUUACAAUGGGGCUUCCGUAUACAGCUCACCAUGCAGGACAAAUUCUUUUUGGACCUACAGAUGGGUAUCUGUACUUUAUGAUGGGAGAUGGUGGAAACAAAGGCGACCCUUUUAAUUUCGCUCAGAACAAGAAAUCACUUCUGGGAAAAGUAAUGAGGCUUGACGUUGACAAUGUACAAAGCCAGAGGCAAAUCAGUAACCACAGCUUGUGGGGUAACUAUUCAAUUCCAAGGGACAAUCCGUUUGCUCAAGAUAGUGAUUUACAACCAGAGAUCUGGGCCUUGGGUUUUAGAAAUCCAUGGAGAUGCAGUUUUGAUUCUGAGAGACCUUCCUACUUCUUCUGUGCAGAUGUUGGGCAGGAUGUAUAUGAAGAGGUAGACUUGAUCUCCAAGGGUGGAAACUAUGGCUGGCGGCCAUAUGAGGGCCCAUAUAUUUAUCAUCCAGAAUGGACUCCUGGAGGGAAUACAUCACUUAGUUCCAUAAAUGCCAUCAUCCCUGUCAUGGGUUACAACCAUUCUGCUGUGAACAAGAAUGUUGGGUCUGCAUCAAUUACAGGUGGAUAUGUCUACCGAGGGUCUACCGAUCCCUGCUUAUAUGGAAGGUAUAUGUAUGCCGAUCUAUACGCAACAGCGAUGUGGACCGGGGCAGAGAACCCGGAGAGCAGCGGGAAUUACACCUCCACCCUGACACCGUUCAGCUGCUCCAAGAACUCCCCGAUACCCUGCGAAAUGGCAAGCGGAAGUCCUCUCCCCUCCCUGGGCUACGUGUUCUCCUUCGGCGAGGACAACAGCAAGGACGUCUUCCUCUUGACGAGCAAGGGUGUCUACAGAGUCGUCCGGCCUAGCUUGUGUGGCUACACUUGCCCCACAGAGAAGCCGGCGACCGAUGAUGGAACAAUGUCACCCUCUGGCCCUUCAUCGCCAGGAUCGGUGACACGGGUAGGGAAGUUGGUGGCGGUAGCCUUUGCGUUUGUUGUAUAUACGUUGUACUUUUGAUCUCUGUGAAUGUGUAAAAUAGUAGUAUUGGUUUGUAUCCUAUUUUUGUUGUUGGUAAUUACAAUAUAGGCAUGAGCAGUUUUCUCCCAGUUUGGAUGUAGAAAUCGGCUGUUAUGUGACGCUUGACUUUCAAACUAUUUGUGGCUUAUGGCUUUCGGUACCCUUUA